CUGCUGCUGCUGCUGCUGCUGUCGUUGUCGCUGCACAGCGGCUUAUCGCUCCAGCUCCAGUCAUCAGCUCUCGAUCCGACCAGAGACGAAGCUUCAGAACCACCCCCAACCAAUCGGCCAUAAAUUUCCGCGAGACCAUGGCCAAAAUAUUCCAGAGAACCACCGAACCGUACCGCAUCGUCAACGCUACCGAGAAUAUCUACAAAGCCUGCGCGCGCGAGGCGGAGUAUACCAUUCCCGAAAAGGACAGGAAGGCGGGCACGAUACCUAAGACGGCGGAGGGUGAGGAUAUAGGAGAAGGGAAAACAAUGUGGCAUCAAGAUUUCAAGCUCCCCCCGACCUUCAGCACGUGGUCGCAGGUCACGAUGCUGCACCUAUACCUCGUGUUCGCGCGUCUGCGGGACCUGGAGCCGGACCUGGCGCGGUCGUGGCAGCGGCAGAUGACGGACCACUUCUUCUACGACGCGGAGGAGCGGAUGGACCAGACGCACGGGAUCAGGUCGCGGGGCCUGCGGCACAAGUACCUGAAGGACCUGUUCAUACAGUGGCGCGGCGUGAUCGCGGCGUACGACGAGGGCGUCGUGAAGGGGGACGCGGUGCUCGCGGCGGCCGUCUGGCGCAACGUGUACAAGGCCCGCGAGGACGUCGACGUCCGCGCCCUCGCCGCCAUCGUCAGCUGGAUGCGCCUCUGCCUCAAGAUGCUCGACCAGAUCCCCAACGAGGCCCUGCACUACCGGACCGAGGCCGUCUUCAAGUGGCGCGCCAAGAACGAGCUCGCCGUCGUCGACAGGCCCGUCAGGGAGCUCGAGGGCCAGCUCGCGCAGGAGCCGCAAGCGCAAGCACCGCCGGCGGAGAAGGUAGCUUAGUAAGGCCGAGGGAGAUACAUGUAAUGAUAGGUACGAGGGGGGAGGUAGGUUAGGUAGGCAGGCUAGGUUAGGUUAGGUUAGGGAUUAUAAUGAUGGCACGUAACAUACGUGAAGAUGAAAAGUUCAAAAAAAGUCUAGCACAGCUAAAAAGGGGGCUCUG